CCAUCAAGCGAAAAUCAUAAUAAAGUGCAACCACAACGUCGUACAGAUCCACAACACAAAAGCAACCGAAAGACGAAGACAAGAGAAGAAAAACAUACACUCGAAGAGACGAACAUAUUGUGUGGUAGAAAAGUUGUUGUAGAUAUUCAUUUAUUCGCAUUAUUCAAUCGUGAGUUGAUGGUGAACAACAGUGCGGUUUCCAUAUUUUUUGCGUUUACUAUAUUCGACUACGACGACGUCGACGACGUGAGCUCACACCACUCGAGAUAAAUCGCAGUUGCAGAAGAAAAACGCAUAAGGUAUUGCAAUUUUAAUUUUGCUGCAAAACCUCAAGCCCAUUGCAAACUCCAUUCAUUGUUUGCAUUUUCGGACACAUGUGAAAUCGUGAAUCGACAUUUUGCUACAAAAAAAACAUUCGCUUGCGAAAUAAAGACCAAAUAGAAUAGUGAAUUGAACCAAUAGAGCAGCAGGAAAGAAAAACAAUCUGUGUUGAAACGUCGACCGAAAUUGAAAAUCGACACAACAACCAUAAAAUAGAUCAAAACAACAUUCAAAAUAAAUAUAGGUUCUGGCUCGUAAGCGUUUGGCCGAGAGUUGGGUGCUAAAUUGAUGGUAAUUCGUCGAUAAGUUCAAAGGUGAUUGAAAAUGCAAAACGACUAUUUAUCUGUUUUCAUUGAUUGAAGUGACUGCUGAGUGAGUAACUGAGUGUGUUACUGUUGUUGCCGUGCAUUUUUUUUUGCUGUUUCGAGAGUUGUUUUUAUAUGGCGUGUUGACUAUUGACGUGAGCUAUUUUUGAUGACUAUGAUGCCGAAUCGCUGUGAGCAGCAAAAAGUAGCAAACAUUUGCAUAUUUAAUAUUCUAUUGAGAAUGAAAUGCUUGUUUUCGACUCGGCCGUUGAAUUGUUAAUGUGCAAAAAUAUCAUAGUAUUCAAUGUGUCUUUCUCUUUCGCUGUGUAUGAGAGAGUGUGUUGUAAAGCGAAUCAUUUCAGUGCAUUUUGACGAUACGAAAUCGGGGAAUUGAGACGAAGACGGAGAGAUCUUUAAAUAGAUAUAUUUUUUAUUCAAAACAAAUGGAUAUUGUGAUUCGAAACAGUGAAUGAAGCAGCGCGAUAUCGUACGCUGUUGUCAAUCGUUGAAUUGAAAGAGAGUUCCAAAAAAAAACAAGAAAAGAAAAAAAACUAAACCAGCAAAACCAUUUAAGUUCCGUCGAGCUGAACAGUGUGUGUGUGCGCUCGAUUCCGAAACAAUAAUUGUUCCAUCAUAACAAUACAACAAUUUAGAAAACAAAAACGACACUCGCUAAAAUCGCUGUGUAAACGACGCAUUUUGAUAACAACAAAAAUCGAAAGAAAAAGCAAGACGUGAUCGAAUAGAAAAUAAAGCGCUCAAAACCAUACAAUUAAAACUGUACCAGUGAAAGCGAUAGUUGUAAUCCGAAGACACAAAAGGAGACAAUAUAUAUAUAUAUUCGUUUGUAACACGACACGCGUGUGUGUCGUACUGUUUCGCGCGGAAGUGCGAACAAGAAAAAACUCCGCAGAAAGCAUACCAUUUCACCGGAAAAAUAAUUUUCCGAGUAAUUAUUCGCUCGUUGUCGUUGCGAUCGUCGCAUUCGAUGCACAGCUGUUUGUACACAAGCUACAACAGUUUUUCAGAGUCAGUUUUAUGCUUUCAAAUUGACUUCAGCCAUUCGUCAUUUUUUUUUUUAUAUUUUCGUUCAAGUUAUUUGGAAUCAGUUUCGGUUUAAUGUGUCAGCAGCAACAGCAUAUACAUAUAAAUCAUAAUCAGGCAUAAUUCAUAAAUCGUGCAUAGCCAAGUGAAGGAAGAAAAAAAAACGUUGGUUUCGUGAAUCACAAAGGCCAAUCUAACUGGCCCAAUCAUACGAGAGGAAAAAAAAAUUUAAGUAAAAAAAAAUUAGGCCGUCAGAUAAUUUACAAGAAUUCCUACGCAUUGCAAAUCAAACACUUCGCAUGCGAUUUGUUUUGUGUCCAUUUCUAAAAAUAUUGGCACCAAAUAUCACACGCCGACCACAGAAAAGCCGAAAAACAAACAGAAAUAAAAACACAAAUAAACGAGCUAAAGUAUUUCCCUCAUAAUUGAUGUGUGAUAUAGAAAAAAAAAUUCAUACAAGCAGAGUGGGUAAACAUUACGGUGAGAGAACAGAAAUAGCAAGCAACAGCUAACCGACCAAGAAUUUAUAUUGUGAAGUUUUUUUUUAAUCGUCGACCACCAUUAAGAUACGUCCGCACGCAGAUUUCUGUUUACUUUACUGGGCUGUGCGAACUGUUGUUGCGUUUUUUUCUCUUUUGCAUCAAAUCCACUUUUGCAAAGCAGAGGAGAACAAUUUGUUGUAGCCCGUUUUAAGACUUCGAGUUACACAAAAGAAGAAGCGGUCGAGAGACUUAAACACUUUUAUUAACAUUCGGAUGAAACGUAAAGACACCUGCAAACAUGCCGAAGGAUUAUGAUUAUUUGUUGAAAGUGCUGUUAGUGGGCGACAGCGAUGUUGGCAAACACGAAAUUAUGGCCGGAUUGGAAGACGCUUCAUCGGAGAGCCCAUUCUGUAGUCGCAGUGGAAAUUCAUACAAAAUCACAACAAUCCUGCUGGAUGGUAAAAGAGUGCGACUGUGCAUCUGGGAUACAUCAGGUCAAGGAAGAUUUUGUACAAUAAUUCGAUCAUAUUCGCGCGGUGCACAAGGUGUUAUACUGGUCUAUGACAUUUGCAACAAAUGGAGUUUCGAUGGCAUUGAUCGAUGGCUUAAAGAAGUUGAAGAGCACGCGCCGGGAGUUCCAAAAGUGUUGGUUGGAAAUCGAUUGCAUUUAGCCUUCAAGCGACAAGUGGCGGCCAAACAGGCCGAACUCUAUGCAUCACGAAAUAAAAUGGCAUGCUUUGAGAUAUCACCGUUAUGUGACUUCAAUAUUAGAGAAUCAUUUUGUGAAUUGGCCCGAAUGGCAUUACAUCGAAAUGGAAUGGAGCGCAUUUGGCGAUCAAACAAAGGUAAGUUUGGCGAAAUCAAUCAACUCCAAAUAAUGGACAGAAAAUUAAAAAAAAAAAAUUGUGAAUGUUUCUUUCGGUCUUUCAGUACUUUCACUGCAAGAGUUGUGCUGUCGCGCGAUUGUUCGCCGAACGUCUGUCUAUGCAAUCGAUCAAUUGCCAUUGCCGCCAUCGGUGAAAUCACAUCUCAAAUCAUACGCACUCACAUCAUCCCAAUGCAUCAACAUAAUGAGCAGCAGCAACACAAAGAAGAAUGGCCGAUGCAAAACGCCCACCCUACCAAGUAGCACAAGGAACAGUUGCAACAUCUCGUGAAGAAAUGCAAGCAAUGGCUUUUGCUUCAGCAGCUUUUUUUGACUACGUUUAUUUCAAAGAAAAAUAAAAUCCAGUUAAUUUAUUUCACUGCAAAAAAAAAACAACAUCAACAAACAAGAAAAAAAAAGACCUAGACAUAUAUCCAUAUACACAAUUUAACCACCAUCACCCACUCAUUUCAAUAUUAAUUAUAAGCCAUUUGUGAAUUGUAUAUGCAUAAGGAUUGUGUGAUCGGGUUGUAUUAUGACUGUGUAGCCCAAAACAAUUGAAAUGAAAACGUGGAAUUUGUAAAAAAAAAAUAACAAACAAUUUAAACCCAUAUGUAAGCGAUAAGACAGUAGAAAAGCAGUUAGUAGAUAAAUUGACCAAGUGAAUGAAAUCCAGUCCUUCGAAAAUUGUCAUUUUAGCACAUGAUUACGUAUACAUUUUUCUUUUGAUAGCAAUUGAUUAUCGUCAUUUUAGUAUAAUUGAUAAUAAAAUGUGAAAAAGACAAUUUCCAUUCAGAUCCAUCCUUUCAUAAUCCCAACAAUAGAAAAUUCAAAGAAAAUAUUAUAGAAACCGAUUGCUCAUCAACCUCAAAUUAAACAAAUUUUGUGUGUUUACGAACGCAUCGAAUCAAGUAGUGUUGUGAUUUUGAGUUUAAUAUUGCAUUCGGAAAGUGGAUACGAUGGUUGAUUUUCUGCUUUUUCCGGAAGGGAAGGGAUUGGAAAAGCGUAUAUUUUCAUUCAUUGAUUCAAAACUCAUUAGUCUCUAAGGGUAUAAUUUAAUGUGUUUUUUUUCGAAGCCAUUCAAUUUUUGCGAUUGGUUUAAUUUUUGUUUCUCCAAAAUUGUUUGGUUCUCUUGAGAAGAAAUAUUGUUUUCUGUUGUUCAUUUCCACUCUCAUCUUUCAUUUUGGGCUAUUAAGCCAAUUUAUGUUAAAGCAAAACAAGAGAAAUUCAUGUGUACAGAAUGCAAUUUGUUUUUAGUUUGUUAGGACAAUUAAGGAUGGAAACAAAGAAAGAAAAACAAAAACAAAUGAAUUGAAAGAGACCAACGGUGCAUACAGGUUGAAACAGAACAAGCCAUUUUUGUACUUUCGGUUUCGAGAAUUGUGUUUAUCUUUUUUUUUCGUUCAAAUUUGAAGCAAAAAAUGAAACACACAGAAAAGGCUCCUAAAUUGUAAUUUGUGAAAGGAGCGCAGUGAGGAUAGAAAACACACGCCAGUCGUACUUUAUUUGAGUGUGAGAAAAUACGGAAUUAGCACACACACACAUAUAUAUAUAUAUAUACAGAAAAUGUAAUAUUUAUGUACGUAUUUUAGUAAGCAACUACAAAAAAGAGGAUACAUUUUUACAAAGAUUUGAAAAAUAAAACUGAUGAUACAAAUGAAAGCAAUAA